AUGUUGCAAGAAUGGUUCAUUCCAGUUUAUAUUCACGAAAAACGACAACUCAAAGGCAUGUUGUUGAAUCCUAUUUUGAUGCAAAUGCUGAUAGUUUUCGAGAAUCCUUUCCUUAUGGUGGAAUCUCAUAAUGAAAUAAUCAAUCUCUUUCUAUUAGUAUCAACAUUUUUUUUCGCCAUAACACCCGAAAUCCAUAGUAUUACCGAUUCUACGGUAGCUGGUAAUCAUCAUAUAGUUUGCAUUGACUCUAUAGUCAAAUAUCGACUUCCUUUACGAUUUCCUCCGGUUCCAUGUUUAUUGAAAUUGAUUUUACGUAAUAGCUUAUUUUACACGUGUAAUAAUGAAAUUAGUUUAAGAAUUAUCUCUAAAUUUGAAUUUAAUGAACAACAUAAAAUUGUUAGACAUGAGGAUAUUUGGAGUAUUAAAGAUUUGAUAGAGUCAUUACCAUUAAUUGGAUGGUUAUACGCAGAUGUUGGUAGAAAGGCUACAGGAUUAGUAACUGAUGGUUUGGUUAAUUUAACUCAAGAAAUGGUCAAGGCUUGGAACAAUUGGGAGAUUUAA